AGUAUAAAACCCAGGCCGACCUCGUCCCACCUCACAAGGAAGCAUGUCUCGAUUAUCUGUAUUUCUUCUGUUCUUGGCCAUCGUCGUCUGUCAAGGGACGAGGAACAAUACGAUAAACUACUACAAAGACAUCCUCUGCAAUACAACAGAGAACGGUCAAUAUGAUUGUAGUUUCCUAGACGACCUCAAGAAGGACAAGUGUUACUUCGCCGGUGAAAAAUACGAUUUAGGCCAGGAGCUGCCCAAAGAACUCCUGAACAGGGAGGCCAAGUGCAAAGUCUCGUGCAAUUGCCACAUGGACCAUUUCGAAAAUGCGGCAGUUUGGAAUUGCCUCAAUAUCGAGUGUCCUGAGCACUUCGGUCUAAUUCCUGGCCGAUCCUACACCUACUCACACGACAAAUGCUGCGCGUUGAUUUCCGACAAAGAUCCAUCCGUAACUGAAGAUACGAAGUGCAUGUAUCACGGGAAGGAAUACUACAAAGGUCAGAGGUUCUACCCAGAAGAGGAACCAUGCCUGAGUUGCAUAUGCGACAAAGGGUUCAAAGGUGAGCUGAAGGAACCUUGGUGCCAGAGAAUCAAGUGCAAUACCUUCCUCCAUUACCUUAGCAAAGUCCGCAACCAUUGCAUUCCUCUGUUUACAAGUAGCAACGGCUGUUGUGCGAUUUACGAUUUCAGAUGCCCUUCGGAAGAUGACGCGGUGAUAACCCAUAAAAACAUCGAGUUGAACCAGCUACCAGAAGCUCCUAAGUGUAAGUUUGGCAACCUAGAGUUGUUUGUCGGUCAGUCCCUUUCUCCAAAGAAGCUUGCCGGGAGCUGCACAGACUGCACCUGCUCAGUACCUCCUGUCGUCACUUGCCACAUGACGGAUUGCAACUGAACAGCUAAAAUAAACAAUAAUUAAAGUAUGAUUUCAUUGCAAUAGGCAAAUGUAUCGUUUUUUAGUUAAUUAUUAGACUGUUUAUUUUAUAUAUGUAUAUGUUAAAUACAUGAAUACAUAUUAUGUAUUAAAACUAACAUGAGUGUAACAUUAUGGAAACGAAUAAUUUUAUGUUUUAUUGUGUAAACAACCAAAUUGGUGUGAUUUUAGACGAUUAGAUAGGUUUAUAAAUAAAAUAUACACAUCUAACAUUAAUAAAUAUAUAGAUACAACGCCAAAACACAA